AUGGGAAGACACCCUCAAGAACUACUGUUUCUCAUUCUAGAGAGCAUCUCCAUAGAAGAUUCCGUGAAUUUCUUCAGCACUUGUCGUGGUUUUAUGAAACUAGGUCUUAGUUUUCUUGAGAGCUACCUAUGCAAUACCGAGGAAGCUAGAGUAGUCGCAGGUGGAAAGUUGACCGUUAUCGGAGCAAUCACACGCACACUCAGUCUGGAUAAAGCCCUCAAAAGCGGACGCCCAUACUCAAUCCAACCUAUCUGCUCGGAAGUCGCCAACCAAGUCCUGUGUUACGGUAACCUUAUCUGCUUCUUGCGGCCCGGACGUAUCUGCAUCUACAACACCCGUGGGGCAUGCGAGUACGAUAUCAAUAUCCGCGAGAUUGAAACCCUGGCAGAUCUUACAGACCAGAUGGACGAAAACGACGAAGAAGCCCCUGUUGUGUUAUGUGAUUUUAACUAUCACAAGCUGGUAAUGGCAUUCGCCCGAACAAGGCGGUUUGUUUGUAUCGAACUAAAGGGAGAUGGUUCAUGGGAAAUCAUCUACGUUUCACCAGAGAGCAUACCCGUUCCGCACGUAUGGAGUAAAAUAUCUUCGACAGGCCUUGUACUAUACGUGGUGAUGCCAACUGUUCUUCGCUUUGAGUGGUUCGACUUUGAGAGACGAAGAACAUUCAUGUUCGACCUAGAUGGUCGUCAAGGGCCAGACACCAUUGUUGAUGUGGUCUCUAGCGGAUCUAACGUCUACAUUCUCCUGUCUAUUGAUAACUUCUUCGAGACUGGGAUGCUCAGGAUUGCAGAGAGUCGACUGGUAUAUGAGCCUAAAGACAAGUAUUUGAUUUUCCCAAGCAUAUGUGCAGAUGGGAAGGGUGGGAUAACAGUACUUACUCCUACCUUCGUCGAUAACUCGCUUAUCCUUCAACCUAACGACGACGAACCCGGCUUUCCUCAGCUGUCCCGUGCCUACUUUCGACUGUGUGAUACUUACGAUCUUCAUUAUAUUGGCGUCGCGGAUUCUACUGGGCCUAGGGAAAUUGGACGAGUCAGAAUUGCAAUCAAGGUAAGGAUUGUGUAUACAAGUGGAGACAUGAGCAGGAAUUAUGGCUCUUUGUUGUUUUUUGCCAACUUUGACGCUCGCUGUGAACGUUGGACUGCCCUCAGAGGACAGCAGAUAGGAAGGUUCUACUACCAUUGA